AUCAUCUCUGGUCACAUGCCUGUUUUGUUUUUUUUCCUUAUCAUUAUUAUUAAACCUCAUCAUUGACAGAAAGCCGUCCACUCCCACUCCUCAUGUUGACUUUUGGCUUCAGCUGCGCGUCAACAAUGGGACGCGUGCAGUUUAAAAAGCGUUUGCUCACAUUGAGCAGAAGGCAAACAGCCAUGUCCGGCCUGGCGACGCUCACUGUUCUCGCUUUCAUCGUGUCCGGAGGUUGGGGUGUCUCCAGCAGUCAGGACUGCUCAUACUCCGGACUUCUGACUCACUUGAACCUGGUUCCACAAAACGAGGCUCUGUCAAUCGUGCGACCGGUGAAAAACUGGACCUCGACGAUUCUCGUCCGGCUGGACAUGGUGUUGUUGGGUAUCUUGGAUGUGGACGAGAAGUCCCAGACCGUCACCACUCACGUCUGGAUCCAAACGGUGUGGCUCAAUGAAUUCCUGACCUGGAACUCCUCAAACUUCUGUGGGAUAAAAACGCUGACGGUUCCGAGGAAGAUGCUCUGGAUCCCAGAUAUAGCCAUCCAAGAGGGUGUGUCAGACACAGGCAGUGAUCUGGAGAGUCCAAUGGUCACGUUGACCCCGAACGGCAUGGUGUUUGCUAGCAAGCGCCAGCGUCUCACCUCCACCUGUCAGCUCGAUCUCUACCUGUUCCCCUUCGACGUACAACGUUGUAACAUCACAUUUGCAUCCAUGAACUACUUUGCGGAAUCUUUGGAACUGGGGACGACCAACAGUGAUGAGACCCUGACUUUAGUCUCUGAGCGGUUAAUGGUCACACAGGGAGAAUGGCAGCUCACCAACAUAGCAAUAAAUAAUUAUACUCUGACCAAAAGUGUUUUUUCUGAAAGCAGGCUCAUCUACACGGUCACGAUCACGAGAAAGCCAAUGCUAUAUGUCGUAAAUUUCAUCCUGCCCCUGUUUUAUUUUCUGCUCCUGGAUCUGGCCUCGUUCUUCAUCAGAGGCGAGAAGCUCAGCUUCAAAGUGACCGUGCUCCUGUCCAUCUCCGUGCUCCUGCUGAUUCUGAAGGACAUGUUGCCCUCCACUGAGGAGAACCUGCCGUUUAUGGCCAGCUACUGCGUGGCCGUGUUCACCCUGGUGGGGUUGAGCGUCCUGGAGGUCAUGCUGGUGAACUUCUUGAUGGAGCUCGACGGUUACUGUGGCGAACAGGCUCAACGCUCCGUCAAUACCCGAGAAGUGGAAAUUCAGCUGGAGGCCGACUCUCAGAAACAGCCAGCUGGAGCUGAGGAGAGAGGCCGGGUGACUCUGGCGAAGACGCCCGGCGACCACCGCGACCUGCUGAAGCUCAUCCUGGAGGAAGUGAGGGCGGCUCGACAGGAAACCGGAAGACCGGAAGACGGGAGAAAGCCCGGAUGCUACACGAGACUGGCUGAAAUCAUUGACACGGUCUACUUUGUCCUGUAUUUCUUGACGGUUGUGAUUUAUCUGGCAUGCUUGUAUAUUAGCUGGCAAGGACACUACACAACAUUGGGGUAAAAACUAAGUAACAAAGGUUUUUGUUAUUAGAAUUCAUUCGCCCAUUCUAAUGAUUGACACCGACAAGAGCCAAUGUCAUUUGGCAUUUGCUCGUAUGACUAAUUGUAUUCAUUUAUUCAUAUGAUUUCAUCUACUUAUCAUUCUAAUUUCUCCCUGCUCAUGCUCCAUGUUUUCAUGUCAUCCAUACCUGUCUGGUGUCAUUUCUUCCUCGUAACACUUUGUGACAUUUGAGCUAUAUAAAUAAAGUUUAUUAUCAAUAUAAAUUUUAAUUAUUGCUGUACCUGAGCAAUCAGCUGGCACAUCUGGAUUAUCUUUACCUAAAGUUUUGGAUGAUUUCAAAGUAAAACAUUCUCUGUGCGUGACUUUAUCCUUAUAUGUGUUAAGUAUUUAAAUAAAUGUAGUGGAGUUUUUUUUUUUUAAAAAGUAAAAAAUAAAAUAAAAGGUCAAAUGUU